UUAGUUUUAUAUAUCCCUUUGAAAUACUCAACACAAACACUGCAAACACAUACUUAUAUGAUGAAUAAGUAUUACUACUAGCUCUUACUUUUGUAAUUUCAACUUCCUUUCUUCAAAACACACUAUUAAUUGUCCUAUGGCUUUGAACUUUUGUAGCCACCGGUGCUUCUUCUUCAUUGCCGCAGUCUUAUCGGUCUUCGCCACAACGCUGUCAAUGUCUCAGCAGCAAGCAUCUGAUUCGUGCAACGGAAUAUUCCUGUCAUACACCUACAACGGCGGCAUAAAACUACAGCCAAACUUGACGGACUCGGCUGCCCAACCGUCCCGAUUUGAGUCGACACUAACAGUGCUCAACAAUGGACUUGUGGAGCUGAAAUCUUGGAAGGUGUUCGUUGGAUUUCGUCACAGAGAAUGGUUGGUGUCUGCAUCCAAUGCAGUGCUUGCUGAUGGGACUAGUAUCCCUGGUGCCGUUGGGAAUGGCACCGUUAUUGCAGGAUCAUCGGUGAUCGAUUUGAAGACUGCAGCAGCGACUGCAGGAGACUUGACACAGAUGCAGGUUAAGGUAGAUAUGGUGGGGACGGUGGUAGGGGUUGUGCCACCCAGCGUGCCAAUGCCUUCUAUCAUAAACCUUGCUAAUGAUGGUUUCAUAUGUGGUGAAGCCAUUUCUCAAGGGAACAAUGAAACUCAUGUAUGUUGCACAAGUGAUCCCAAUUACAAGACAAAUAUCACAACAAAUGAAAAAUUUCUACCUAGACAAAAUGGAGAUCUUACCAUAAUGUAUGAUGUGAUCAAAGCAUACAAUUCCAAUUAUUGGGCAGAGGUCACAAUUUCAAAUCACAACCCUCUAGGCCGUCUUGACAAUUGGAAAUUAAGCUGGAAUUGGACCAAUGAUGAAUUUAUCCACACAAUGAAAGGUGCUUAUCCAUCAAAUAUAGAUUCAUCUAACUGUAUUUUUGGUUCACAAGGUGAAUUUUACAAGGAACUUGACUUUUCCAAUGUAUUGAAUUGUGAAAAAAGACCAACAAUAAUUGAUCUACCACCAACAAGGUUCAAUGAUACACAACUUGGUAAAGUACCAUUUUGUUGUAGGAAUGGUACUCUAUUACCACCUUAUAUGGACCUCACCAUGUCAAUUUCAAGGUUUCAAAUACAAGUUUAUAAAAUGCCACCACAUCUCAACCGGUCAAGCCUUACACCACCACAAAAUUGGGAGAUUAAAGGUGAUACAAUCAACCCCGAUUACAAAUGUGGGGCGCCGAUUAGGAUUAGUCCUAGUCAAUCUCAAGAUCUUACAGGGUUACCUUCAAACAUAUCUUCAAUUGCAAGUUGGCAAGUUGUGUGCAACAUAAGUACAAAGUCAUCAUCAAAAAGUGAUUCUCCUAAAUGUUGUGUCUCAUUUUCAGCUUAUUAUAAUGAAUCAGUUAUUCCUUGUAGCACAUGUGCAUGUGGAUGUCCUAGUAAUCAAGAAAGAACAUGUAGUGCUACUACACCAGCUAUGUGGCUUCCAUCAAAAGCACUUCUUGUUCCAUUUGAGAAUAGAAAUGAAUUUGCACAUGAGUGGGCUAGUUUGAAAAACCUACAAGUACCUAACCCUACUCCAUGUGGUGAUAACUGUGGUGUGAGCAUAAACUGGCAUGUAAAUUCAGAUUAUGAAAAAGGUUGGACUGCAAGGAUCACAAUUUUUAACUGGGGUGAGACGAAUUACGCUGAUUGGUUUGCUGCGGUUCAAAUGGACAAAGGUGCAAUAGGUUUUGAGGAAAUGUAUUCAUUCAAUGGAAGCUUGUUAGAGAGAUUAAACACUACAAUAUUCAUGCAAGGUAAGAAAGGAUUGAACUUUCUUGUAGCGGAAGCAAAUGGGUCAAACCCUCGAAGAGAUCCGAGGGUGCCUGGGAAACAACAGUCAGUAAUCUCGUUUAGAAAGAAAAAUAAAGAUGAAAUCAAUGUUGUUGGUGGUGAUGGUUUUCCUAGUAAAGUGUUCUUUAAUGGGGAGGAAUGCUCUCUUCCUUCGGUGUUUCCAAGCAAUGGUUUGAGAAAUGAAUUUUCCUUGGCUACUAUUAUGAUCCUAAUAUUGUUGUCAAGUAUGUUGAUUCAAUAUUGAUGACAUUGUAUUUAUAUUUUUGAAGAUUGGUUGUUUUUCUAUAUUUUCAGAUUUGUGUAAGACAAUAUAAACAUAUAAUUUUUUUAACGAUAAACACU